AUGGGGUUCAUAAAGGCGGAGGAGUUCAUAAACCACUACAUGCGCGUGAACAGAGAAAUCAAGGAGCUGUCGAGCCGCAAAAACGAGGAGUUCAAGUUCAACAUAUUUAUCUUCUACUAUAACGACAUAGAUUCCAUUUGCACGGAACACAUUUUACACUUUCACAAAAAUGUGAAGAGGGACAUAAAUAUAUUCAGUUAUGGAAUUGAGAAGAAGGAAGACUUGAUUAAUUUCUUCAAAAAGUAUGAAGAUGUGUACUCGAAGAAUCCCGACUACUACCGAGACUACUUCUAUGAGGUGAUACUCAUUGGCAUGUGUUCUCAUAUGAACACAGAUGGGGAUGUGUAUACCCUGGUUGAAAAUUUUUUUACAAAUAUUAUGAACAAGAACUAUGUAGGGUACUUGAAAUUUUUCGUUAUUGAUAAUAGGAGACCCUACCAUGAGAUAUUUGAAACGAGUGACAAGUGGGACUUGGUGCUGAGCGAAGGAGAGAUGAUGGACGUCAUGGCCAUAUAUAAUAGUGCUUCUACGGGCAAGGGCAACGCUAGCGGGGUGGAAGCAACAGGUGAGGAAAGUAAUGACGCUACCAAUGCCAAAGUAGGAAAAGGAAAAAAAAACGCUCAACAGAAGCUGCAUAACUACUAUAACAUUGUUAAGGAAGAAAACAAAUGCAUGUGCUUAAUGAUUUACCCAUUUAUUCAAUGCGUGAGUGAAGACGACUCCUCCGCAAUAAUAUUCAUCUCGAGCGUAUCCCUAAUUUCCUAUUUGAAAACGGACGCAGUAACAUAUGAUUAUUACAACAAGGAGAUAAAAAAUUUACAUAACGAUUCAAUGAAUAUAUCCAAUGGGCACUUUAUCUCAUUCGAUCGUGAGCGAGGACUGCUACCCAUGUUGUCCUUCAUGUCUUUAAAUGAGUCAUUAGAGAUUGAUGAACGCAUAUACAUAUAUGAUCACAAGAAUGUUAAGAACACAUUUAACAAAAUUAGAACCAUGUGUCAUAUUGAAAUAAAAGAGUUCACAGGAAACUUCAGGCAAUUAGAUUUAAAAAAACAAAAUGAAAUCCUCAUUAAGCUAAAGGCUUUUAUAAAAAUCAUCAAACCAAUGAAUAGUCUCGCAUGGAAACGAAGAACAUACGUUCUCUACAACAGUGACAGUUUUUAUUUCUUGGUUGUGCUUAUCUACAUCUACAUUAACAGAAUCAAAAAAAUGGAUUCAUACUUGUAUAAUUGCCUCAAGACAUCUGAUUUUCUCUUCAAUAUUUUUAAAGACAGACUGAAGCAGUCAGAAAUAUACGACAAGCUUAUUGAGAAACAUUUACACAAAAACGCAGCUAGCUAUUUAAGUGUUCUAAUUAAAAAAAUAAUGGAGAGUAAUAAAAAAAGUAUUAACAUUACAUCUAAAUUAAAAAUUUUUUUGGACAUUUUUCAGACAGCUAAAAAUUCUUACACUCAUCCAUUUGAGUUGAAAUUUCUUUCAAAUAUGUUUUCCUCAUUUCAAUCCUACUGCAAUGAUAAGUACAAGACGUACCACCUGGUUGUUUGUCACAUUAAUGAUUCAGAUGAUACUCUUCUGUAUGGGUUUACUCCUCUGAACAAAAGGGAUUACUGGCCUUCCGUUUUUUGUAAAAUGGCCUACAACAACUCGGAGCAAAUUACCUAUGACACCGUGGCGGACGUGAACACUCUGCGCAUUCGCAAAAAUGAUUUUAAGUUCAUCCUCAGCGAGAUAAAGGACGUCUUCCGGAGUGUCCUGCGCUACCAGCACAGGCAGGACCUCGACGCGUCCGACAGCACCGACGCGGAGGAGGAAGAGGAGGAGAUGGAGAUGGAGAUAGACGAAGAGGUGGACGAAAAUGCGAUGGAAGAAGAAGAGGAAGCAGUGGAGGACAAUGCGGUGGAGGAAGAGGACGAGGCGAUGGAAGAGGUGUUCGGUGCAGACGAAACGGAGCAGGGAUGA